CGCAGCAUCAACCAUAGACGGAUGCGCAUCCACACAGGGUGGACGUUCCAGAACGCAUGCGUGUGAGGAUUUUUUAGGGCCCUAGCGGUGGUAGGGCUCGGUGUUCACCGGAGGUGUCGGUGAGUGUUUCCCCUGCACCCCGCCGGCGGCAUGUGGAGGUUCCACGUUGUGAGGAGCUCCCGGUGACGGAAGGGAGCGCUGCAAGCAGAUUCCAGCACUGAAUAUGGGUGAAAAGAAGCCAGAAACGCUGGAUUUUGUGAAAGACUUCCAGGAAUAUCUCACUCAGCAGACACACCACGUCAACAUGAUCUCUGGCUCUGUGAGCAGUGACAAAGAAGCUGAAACUUUACAAGGAGGGACUCAGAACCACGAUGCACUCUCCGCUAAUUCUCCGUGCCUUGCUCUACCGGCAGCUGCGACUGACAGCGAUCAGAAUGGGCUGGACCAUCCCUCCGUGGAGGUGUCUCUGGAUGAAAGCGCUGGGAUGCUGGUGGACGGCUUUGAGCGGACCUUUGACGGCAAACUUAAAUGUCGCUAUUGCAACUAUGCCAGCAAAGGAACAGCCCGUCUGAUCGAGCAUAUCCGUAUACACACAGGUGAGAAGCCACACCGUUGCCACUUAUGCCCAUUUGCAUCUGCCUACGAGCGCCACCUAGAGGCUCACAUGCGCUCGCACACCGGGGAGAAGCCAUACAAGUGUGAGCUGUGUUCCUUCCGCUGCAGCGAUCGAAGCAACCUCUCUCAUCACCGCCGGCGCAAACACAAGAUGCUGCCAAUCAAAGGCACCCGGCCAUCACUCGGCAAUAAGAAAAUGUGGGGGGUCCUUCAGAAGAAAGUUAGCAGCCUGGGUUACACCCGCCGGACUCUCAUUAAUCUCAGUCCGCCUUCCAUGGUGGUGCACAAAGCAGACUAUCUCAGCGACUUCGCCCAUGAGAUUCCCAGCAUCCAGAGCGAGGCUUAUGAACACUUGGCCAAGGCCUCACAUUCAGUGGGUCUCUCUCGGGAUCCCCAAGAGCUCAUGGUGGACAACCCCUUAAACCAGCUGUCCACUUUGGCAGGGCAACUCUCUAGCCUUCCACCGGACACUCAGAAUCCUGCUUCCCCAGACACCGGGCCCUGUCCAGAUGAAAAACCCUUUAUGAUCCAGCAGCCUCCACCUCCAGCCUGUAGCUCAGCUGUCUCCACCAGUGUAGCUCAGAGUUCCUCACCUGCCAGCCCUGAAGGGCGUCCGACCCACAAUCACAGGAACUGUAGCCCUAUGGCGGGGCCAAGUAGUGAGCGUAGUGGGCGCACCAGCACCCCUAGCAUUAGCAACAGCCAACCCAGCACCCCUGCACCCGCCCUUCCAGUCCAGGACCCUCAGCUCCUGCACCACUGCCAGCACUGUGACAUGUACUUUGCAGACAACAUAUUAUACACCAUCCACAUGGGCUGCCACGGCUUUGAAAAUCCUUUUCAGUGCAACAUUUGUGGUUGCAAGUGCAAAAACAAGUAUGACUUUGCCUGCCAUUUUGCUCGAGGUCAGCAUACCCAGCACUGACUCUAGAGACCCUUCACUCACUCUUUUAUUUUUUUACUUUUCACCUUAACAGACAAUGCGUGUAUACAUUUCCUAUCUGUUUAGAACCUGUAAAUAGAUUUCUGUGUGCCUCAUUAGAUCACAUGACUUGAAUCUCUCAAGUAAUAACAGCGUGUGAGAGAUAAUUUACCAACAGUAUUUGUGUGUGUGGAAAGGGUGGGUAGGAGUGUUAAAGGGACACUAAACUAAAAAUAAGGCUUGAUGUAACUAGGGCACCGCAAAGCAUCACUUUCUCUUCUACCUUUCUGCAUUGUCUCCCCUUACCCAGAUCUGUCCUUUUCGGCUGAUUUUGGCUGACCACACCUUCAGUUGCUUGUCCACUCUGAUAGGAUUUUCACAAUUGCCCAAGAAUAAUGGCGUUUGGGAUGAGUUGAAGAUUAUGGGAAUAUACAAGAACAAUGGGGAUCAUUUAUAAACACUGGCAGUUACCCAUGGCAACCAAUCAGAUGUUUGCUUUUAUUGUUCUCCUUGCAGAAGGAGAAAAAAAAUCUAAUCAUUGAUUGGUUGCUAUGGGUUACUGGCCUAAAGCCCCAAUGUCUCUUUAGGGCAGUGCUAGCCAAACUGUGGGGUUGGCCCUGCUAGGGGAUACUGAAACAGUGUCAGGCAAACUUCCACCAGUCAGUUGAAAGUAGAAGGAGUUAAUUGUGUUCACAGCCUUACGCAUUUCGUGUUAACAAACGCUUAAUCAUUGCCUAUGAUUGUUUGUUAAGAUGAAACGCGUAAGGCUGUGGACACAAUAAACUCCUUUUACUUUCAACUGACUGCCUGGUGGAAGUUUGCCUUCAUUGAGUGCCUGUUUAAAAGAAAUUCUCGAUUUGUCCGCUCCCCGUGCUGAGGGCUCAUGGCGGUGCACCUGGGCCACUUCUCUUAUGUGGUGAGUAAUCACUUUCAACUUGAAACCCCCAACUACAGAUUUAUUUAAAAUCUAAAGAUCCCUAUUCACUUACCACUACUUUCCAUGGUACUGCACAAAGCGCAAUUGGUGGCGUUUCUAAAAAAAUGGUCUGCGCUUUGCCACGGAAAGCAGUGAAACUUGGACAGAGGUUUUUUUUGAUGCCCAUGUAUUUUUCUCAUCUGUCUACAGAAGUGAUCACCAUGCCCUGUGUGCCUUGUAUACAUGAAGCCAAAUACAAACAAUAAUGUUUAGUGUGCCUUUAAUGAGGGGCUGUCUGGGUAUCCAUCAUUGCUUUCUGGCUUGGGCAUAUAUUCUAAAGGCUUUAAAUAAGUAAUUAAGUAAGUGAGGGUGUGAAUCUUGUGGGUUGGAUAAGGCAUCUAAUGUUUAGCUGUCUUCCCAGGUGCCUGCUGUCAACACUCAUCACGAUGUGCAUUUAGGAGGACCGACGAUCAUGUGACGAAAUAACGAUAUUGCGUUGGUCUCUUCCGUCUUUGUAUUUGUUCUGUUGAAUGGAGAGAGUGUUUCUGGAUGUGUUCGUGAAGACCCAAAUAGGUAACAUCAUGGCAAGGACUUUAUUGUUUUAUUCCUUUUUUUUUUUUUUAAUUUGGAUCAUGCAUCUAAUUUUGUACACGACUUUAUGGCCACAAGCUGAAAGGCACGAGAAGGAACUCACCAGAUGUCUAACUUUUAAGGUUACGAAACCCAAUGUACGUCUACUUAUUUCUCCAAACUGGGUGUUCGGAAAAGAUUUUAUCACUGUGUGUUAAUUAUUUCUCCAAAGAUUCUAAUGUUCCAUGAACUGUCACUGAGUCUAAUAAAUCUGUAUUGUCUAUUCA